AUGAAUGUAUUUCGUUUACUUGCCGAUUUGAUGCAUUUAGCAUCCAUCUUUAUACUUUUGCUCAAGAUCCAAAAUUCCAAGUCAUGCGUCGGCAUUUCCUUCAAGACACAAAUGCUGUAUACCAUCGUCUUCAUGACACGUUACCUGGACCUCACAUUUCACUUCAUCUCAUUGUACAAUACCUGCAUGAAGAUAUUUUUUAUUGCAUCAUCGGUGUAUAUCUUGUACUUGAUGCGAGUCAAGUACAAGGCAAGCUAUGACCCUGGAUUGGAUACUUUUCGCUUUGAAUACCUUUUGGGAUUCGCCAUGCUUUUGGGAGUUGCUUUUUCAUAUGACUAUACGCCUGUGGAGGUGUUGUGGUCGUUUUCAAUUUGGCUCGAGUCGGUGGCCAUUAUGCCUCAGCUCUAUAUGCUACAACAAACGGGUGAAGCCGAAACCAUUACGACGCAUUACCUCUUUGCAUUGGGAGCAUACCGUGCAUUGUACCUGGUCAAUUGGGUCUAUCGUUACGUGAUGGAAGGGCACACGGAUUGGAUUGCUUGGGUAGCAGGUCUCAUCCAAACAGCACUCUACAGCGACUUUUUCUACUUGUAUUAUACAAAGGUGCUUCACGGCAAGAAGCUUGAGUUGGCAGGAGGGUAA